UGCAUCAGUUAGUGACGCAAUAUCCGGGACACGAUCUUGCCGGUGAGCUGGCUGAACUGAUUCACUUAACACAAUUGAAACAAUAUAUUUACGGGUAUAGUAUUCGUGUAAUGGCGGAAAAGAGCAUGGCGGAGCAAAUGGAGGAGUUGAAAGUUGACGACGGGAAAAAGGGAGGAGGAGCCAAAGAUGGAGAGAAGAAGAAGAAGAAGGUGGCAGCGGGAGACGCUGGUGGGAAGACAGAGCUGUCCCCUCCUCCCGGGUACAUGGAGGAGCGUCUGUCCCUCUACACUAAACUGAAGGAGGAGCAUGAUGCUCUGAUGGCAGAGAGGGCAGAGAAGGACAGUAAAUCCAUCAAGGUGACUCUGCCAGAUGGGAAGGUGGUGGAGGCUGAGUCCUGGAAGACCACACCCUACCAGGUGGCUGCUGGCAUCAGUCAGGGUCUAGCUGACGCCACCGUGAUCGCUAAGGUGAACAGCUCUGUGUGGGACCUGGACCGACCUCUAGAGGAAAACUGCAGUCUGCAGCUACUCAAGUUUGAUGACGACGAGGCUAAAGCUGUGUACUGGCACUCCAGUGCCCACAUAAUGGGUGAGGCAAUGGAGAGGGUCUACGGAGGCUGCUUGUGUUACGGUCCGCCCAUCGAGAACGGCUUCUACUACGACAUGUUCCUGGACCAAGAGGGGGUGUCCAGCAAUGACUUCCCCUGCUUGGAGAACUUGUGUAAGAAGAUCAUCAAGGAGAAGCAGCCCUUCGAGAGGCUGGAGAUCAAGAAGGAGACUCUCCUGGAGAUGUUCAAGUACAACAAAUUUAAGUGCCGGAUCCUGAAUGAGAAGGUGACCACCCCAACCACUACUGUGUACAGGUGUGGUCCGCUGAUUGACUUGUGCCGAGGACCCCAUGUCCGACACACUGGAAAGAUCAAGGCCCUGAAGAUCCACAAGAACUCCUCUACCUACUGGGAGGGCAAGGCCGACAUGGAGACUCUUCAGAGGAUCUACGGCAUCUCCUUCCCUGAUCCUAAGAUGCUAAAGGAGUGGGAACGCUUCCAGGAGGAGGCCAAGAACAGGGACCACCGCAAACUGGGACGGGAACAGGAUCUGUUCUUCUUCCAUGAUCUGUCUCCAGGCAGUUGUUUCUUCCUGCCUAAAGGAUCCUACAUCUACAACAGUCUGGUGGACUUCAUCAGGUCUGAGUACCGUAAGCGAGGCUUCCAGGAGGUGGUAACCCCUAACAUCUAUAACAGUAAGCUGUGGCAGGCAUCAGGCCACUGGCAGCACUACAGUGACAACAUGUUCUCCUUCGAAGUGGAGAAGGAGGUGUUCGCCCUCAAACCUAUGAACUGCCCGGGACAUUGUCUGAUGUUUGACCACCGACCGCGGUCCUGGAGGGAGCUGCCUCUGCGAAUGGCUGACUUCGGCGUGCUGCAUCGUAACGAGCUGUCUGGCGCUCUGACUGGGCUGACCCGGGUACGACGCUUCCAGCAGGACGAUGCCCACAUCUUCUGCACCAUGGACCAGAUUGAGGAGGAGAUUAAGGGCUGUCUGGACUUCCUGCGUACAGUCUACGAGUGUUUUGGUUUCUCCUUCAAACUCAACCUGUCCACCCGGCCUGAGAAGUUCCUGGGAGAGCCUGCGGUCUGGGAUCAGGCUGAGAAGCAACUGGAGAACAGUCUGAAUGAGUUUGGCGAGAAGUGGGUCCUCAACCCUGGAGACGGGGCCUUCUACGGACCGAAGAUUGACAUCCAGAUCAAGGAUGCUAUUGGUCGAUACCAUCAGUGUGCCACCAUCCAGCUGGACUUCCAGCUACCAAUCCGCUUCAACCUCACCUUUGUCAGCCAUGAUGGAGACGAUAAGCAGAGGCCAGUCAUCAUCCACAGAGCCAUCCUGGGAUCAGUAGAGAGGAUGAUUGCUAUCCUCACUGAGAACUACGGAGGGAAAUGGCCGCUGUGGCUGUCUCCUCGUCAGGUGAUGGUGGUACCUGUAGGACCCACAUUGGAUGACUAUGCUCAGAAGAUCCGUGAUGAUUUCCACCGUGGAGGUCUGAUGACAGACGUAGACUGUGAUGCCAGCUGCACCCUGAACAAGAAGAUACGCAACGCACAGCUGGCACAGUACAACUUCAUCCUGGUUGUGGGAGAGAAGGAGAAGACCAGCGAGACGGUGAACGUGCGCACGCGUGACAACAAGGUGCACGGAGAGCGCAGCGUCAAUGAGUGUAUGGAGCGUCUCAAACAGCUGAAGGCCUCACGCAGCCGCAACGCGGAGGAGGAAUUCUGAUACCGCUGACGGGUCCUUCAGUGAACCGCAUCUCGGAGGAUUUCAACUUCACUGGUUCAACUUCAAACACAAAGUGCGGAACUUCCGAGUCCUUAGGGGGGGAGCUCACUCGCUCGGUCUUUUACUUAACUUGACUACGCAUCUGUCUGCAUUUCUUAAUAAAGGUUUUUUUUUUUUGCUUUUUGAGAUCACAUUCUAAUUCGUUGAACGUUUUGAUAAAACAAAGCAUAAAUCACAACUCUUUCAAUGUCCUCCAAUGUCCUCCAAUGGAACCAAUGUCCUCCAAUGGAACCAAUGUCCUCUCUUGUAAUAUGUGAAACUCAUGAUACUGUCGAUGAUCUGUUGUGGAAAUGUUACAAGGGAUGACCUCUACUUUUAAAUUGAUUUAUACCACUUUGCCUCUUUCUCCUCACUGGUUUACAUUAUAAAGGGAAACAAGACAGGGUUACUGCUGUCAACUGUAGGAAUAACCGUUUUCAUGACAUCAAAGAAUUGUAAAUAUGUAAUGCAAUUUUGAAAACGUAAAAAAAUAAAAUAUUUCUUACAUUA